AUGACUGUCAAUUCGGCCGACGACGAACUAUUCACGAGGGCCAUCUCCGGAUACCGUGAUGCAUUUUUGGUUCAGCACUCCCACCUCCCGGAACCUCAGCGCCAUCAACUCUGGAGUCAACGUCUCAGCCAGUUCAUCCCAGCCCGGGCCCACGACUAUCUGCCCUCUGGAAAUUCGGGGAAACGGACUCGGCAGGAUGCGACUCCGCGGACGUUACCAUCCCCUGGUUCUGGUCUUCCCCGGGCGAAACGGAGAGCCACCACCCCGGACCUCCCGGUGACCGACCUGAUGCGCGACCUGUCGCAUGCCUCCUCCCCCGACAUGGCCCGGAAGGGUGCAUCCGUCGCGGGACAGGGGUCCUACCGGCACACAGCCAUGGUCCGCUCUCAGAGCCAGCAGAUCCCCGUCGCCCAUCGGCAUCCGGCUGGGGGAACCGUGGGGAAACGCCAAUCCUUCGGGCCUUCUCGGACACUGCGCCGCCUUGACCACGUCGACGAGUACUCGCCGUCCGAAUACGCAAAGCAAUAUUUGGAUGACUCACGCGGCCCUCCCUAUGGCUCCGUCCUGGCUGCCGGGCUCGCUGCAUAUCGAUCGACCGGACCGUCACCGCUCGAAGACACAGACCGGACCUCCCUGGCUGAUCCAUCCCCCGCAACGGCUGUGGAGAUGACGCGCAGCUCGACGACCGAAUCACUGUGUGGCGGCUUCGACAUGUUUCGGUUCGACUCGUCGGGACCGCAGGCGGAUUUGGACCCGAUCUAUUCCAUCCCACCGGAGUUGGUGCCCACGUCCACCGCCGGUCUUUUGUACCAUGACCCCUUCCCUUCUUCCGCGUAUCCUGACCUAGAUCCCGCAUCCUUCUCUUUCCCACACCCCUCUGCAUUCUCCACUUCCGCUCCUCCCACCACUUCUUUCCAUCUCCCCGGGUCCAGCGCCCCCGCCUCCGCCAAUGCCGCGAAGGUGGAACCGUCCAAGUCUAUCGACAGUAGCAGCUCCGAAGACUCGCAGCCUUCGCGUGCCGCUCGACGCACCCAAGAGCAGAUCGCCCAGGGCACCCGGCCCAUCGCGCCCAAGCGAGAGUCACACGACGACUCACCGCAGCGCGACUCAACAGACCAGCACAAGAUGGUCCGGAUGAUCUCAUCGGCCGAUGGGACUGCAAAGGAGGUCACCGCCAUCCCCAAAGCCUCGGUACACCGGCCACCGCGACAGAAGACAUAUUGCCACCUGUGCAACGAUCAGUCGGAUGGCUUCCACGGUGAGCAUGAACUUCGCCGGCACAUCGAGCGCGUCCAUGCGACCGUUCGCAAGGUGUGGGUGUGCGUCGACAUUUCGCCCGACAAGAGCUUCCUGGCCAACUGCAAGGCGUGUCGCAACGGCAAGCGGUACGGCGCCAAUUACAACGCCGCCGCCCACCUGCGCCGAACGCAUUUCAAUCCUUGCCAGCGCGGCCGCGGCGGUCGCGGCAAGGAUAGUGAGAAGCGCGGUGGUAAAGGUGGCGGCAACCACCCGCCAAUGGAGGUCCUCAAGCACUGGAUGGUCCAGACCGAGGAGGUUGCCGACGAUAACGCCGUGAACCGCCGUGACUCGGACGCCCUGGCCGACGACAGCCAUCCCAAUCUCGACACCGAUGCCGUUCCGUGCACCGGACUGUCCGAUGGCACUGCAUCCGUCGGCAUGGAGUCGAUCUUGAUGCACGGAUACGACCCAUUCCCUGCGACAUCGCUUGGUCUUGAUCCGUCGCUGGAUGCGCCGUUCUACCUCGACUCCCAGCCACCGUUGCCGUCGGAGCUCGAGUCAUAUGUCAUGUGA